CUGCAUAAAAGGUAAGACGAAUGAAAUAACCGCAAUAUCAGGAAAAUGUGCAAAAUAAAUAGUUCCAAGAAGAUUUAAAUCAAAAGUGACAUUCUAAUUAGAAGAGCUAAAAAGAACAAUAAUUAUCGCUAAGUCAAAUUGGAUUCCAAUUAAGGCAUCAAACUGUAUACUAAAGAUUCAAAAAUCCAAUUCAGUUUUCGGUUAUCAAAUCGUUUUCUGAAUAAUGAGUCGUCAUGAAGGUGUCAGCUGUGAUUCAUGUCUCAAAAGCAACUUUAAUGGUCGUCGUUAUAAAUGCCUGAUAUGCUAUGACUAUGAUUUAUGUGCGGACUGCUAUGAGGAAGGUGUGACAUCCACUCAUCAUUUGGUUGAUCAUCCCAUGCAAUGUAUUUUAACGCGAACUGAUAUUGAUCUGUUUUUUGGUGGUGAAAUGCUUAAUUCAGAUCAGCCACAAAGUUACACUUGUCCUUAUUGUAAAAAAAUGGGUUAUAGCGAUGCUACACUAUUAGAACAUGUUACUGCUGAACAUACUGAAACAAGUUUGGAAGUUGUGUGUCCAGUCUGUGCUGGCAUGCCAGGAGGUGAACCCAAUCUAGUCACAGAUGACUUUGCUGGUCAUUUAACGUUAGAGCAUCGAACUGGACCACGAGAACUAAUUUCAUUUAUAGAUGAACCAUCAGCUAUUCGUCACGGAGGCGGAGUGCGUCGCAUACCGGGACGUACCUUAGUUGGCCAGAGAGCCCGUCGGUCUAAUAUGCACUUCAGUUCGUCAAGUGGUUUAUCUGCAUUAUCACCUUCUGGUCGAGAAUCGGUAGAUCCAAUUGCUGAACUUUUAUCACAAUUGUCAGGAGUACGACGUGGUGGGCCUCAAUCGUCACAACUUCAACAAAUACAGAUGCAGAUACAACUUGAACGUCAGCAGGUGGCAAUUGCAACACGUCAGCAAUUAGAACGUUUACCUAGACGAGCGCAUCCUUUAGUUUCAGCCUCAAAUUCAAAUGCCACUAUGGCAGAAGUUAUUAGUGGAGGAAAUGUUGGUAGCGCAAUUAUGACUGGUAACUCAACAGGUUCUAACAGUGUCAAUGGUGGUAGCUCUUGUCGUGCAAAUGAAUGGUCCAUAAGUACAUCUGGAACAAAUCAGCAACCGCAAUCCCAGUUGACAGCAAACGCGGUUAAUGCAAGAGAGGUUCAAAUGUUACAGUAUAAGGAUAUUGCUGCUGGUACUGUAAAUAGCAAUGCAACAGGGGGUUCAAUAGUUAAUGGUGCUGAAGGGCAAUCACAAUUUUUACUUACUAAAUUUAUGCAGCCUAAUUUGAGUGACAGUGAAUGUGCCGAAGCUGAUCAAAAUCGGGCUGACAGGAUGGGAGAAAUCAUAAGCGACGAGGAAGCCCGCAGGAUUCAACUGUUGAUACAGGAAUCAACCGAUCGGGAGAAUCGGAAUUUGGACGAUGAUCACAAAGCCAUCCUAGAGCAACUACGAAAGCGAUCAGCAGCCGCUAAGGUAGAUCGACAUUUGAAAAAUCAAAUUUUGGACGAAGAACGCGAAGCCAUCCUAGAGCAACUACGAAAGCGAUCAGCAGUCGCUAAGGUAGUUCGACAUUUGAAAAAUCAAAUUUUGGACGAAGAUCGCGAAGCCAUCCUGGAGCAACUACGGAAGCGGUCAGCAGCCGCUAAGGCAGAUCGACAUUUGGAAAAUGUCUAUGGUCCCAGAACUGGCCCGGACGCUCGCUGA